AUGAGUAAUAAUCCAUUUUUAAGUCCAAUUAUUGCCCAAGCCAUGAAUAACAAUCCAUUUUCAAAUCGAUUUGUUGAACCAGAACUUGAAAAUGAAGAAAAUCAAUUAGGUCUUAGAUUUUUCCCUAUUAGACCAAGUUAUGGAAGACAAUCUACUACUCUUCAAACAUUUUUAGAUGAAAAUACAUUUGAAGAAAGUGAACUUAAUGCUCGAAACUUAAGUUAUGAUUCCGAUUUUGAAAUUUCUGUUCAAAGAGAUUUAGCAGCUCUUAAUCGUAUUUUUGCAAAUGCUGAUGAUGAUAAUAAUUCAGAAACACUGUCUUCUACUGAAAUUGAUACUGAUUAUAUUGGUUCUGAUGAAGAAUCUUUUGAAGUUGGUGAUGAAUUGUCUUAUGUUGACGAACAUUAUUUCAGCCUAGACUCUGAGUCUGAAUCUCAAUAUGGUUCAGCAGAAGAAGAACAAGAAGAAUAUGUUGUUGUUGAUGCAGAAGAAGAAGAUGUUCUUGAUGAUAUUUUUAGUGAAACCGGUGAUACGAUUGGUCUUUCUCGAUUAGUCUAUCAACUGAGAGGUUCAGAAUCUCAUCAUUUGAAUCGAUUAAGAAACAUUCCCUUCGAAACUGAUAUGAAUGGAUUUCUUUCAUUUCUCUCUGAUGGACAACCACAACUGCCACCAAUUGUAAAUGAAGAAAACCGUGAUGAAAAUGGAAAUAGAUCUAGAAAUAUAAUUUCUAAUUUUCCAAAUUAUGACUUUCCUCGUGUCGUUGAUAUCAAUAGUGGUAGAUCAAUCAGUUCAAUUCUUUCUCCACAAGCUUUAAGAGGUAGAUCUGAUAUUUUAAAUACUUUCCCAUCUUCAGAAAAUCCUCCAAUUGAACGUCAGGUACCAAACCGUGACCAUGUUCCUACCAAUCAAUUAGAUUUAAUGAUGCAAGAUAUUGAUGGUAUGGCUAAUGAUAUUUAUACCAGUGGAAGAAUUUCAGCAGGUCAAGAAAAUAAUAAUACUUUGACAUUAGGAGGUCUUCGUCAAGUAUUCUCUAAUACCAGAGUUUUCAAUAAUGAAACAGGGGUAAAUGCUAAUGAUGAGAAUGUUCCUACUCCUCCUGAAAUACAAAAUGUUGAACCAGAGGUUACUAGAAAUGAAGUUCAUUAUGCAGACGAUGAAGACAUUGAUUCUGAUGAUGGUAUUACUAUCGAAACAACUAUUUCAAGAUAUGUGAAUGGUAAUCUCAUCUAUAGAAUUCAUCCUUUAGGUAUUGAAGUCCAAUCAAUAGCACUUAAUCACAUUGAUGUAUUAGUAGAAGACUUGAUGAUUACUUUUGAAGAUUAUGCCAGAGAGAGAAUUGCUAACCUUUCAUUACGCCAAGUUAUUAUAAUCCCAGUUUUAACGAUUAAUUAUUUAAUUGGUUCAGUUGUAUUUGGAGCUAACAAUGUAUGGUUUACAAUUUCUUGUGUUUCUUUACUUGCCAAUUCUUUUUAA